CCGUCAUGUCUGUCAUCUCCAUGCAGCACUGUAGCAAACUGUAGUCUUCGCUAUACCCAUAUACUUUCUGUCAAUUUCUCUUCUCAUGUCUUUAGUGUUCUAUUUUGUUUUUUUUUAAAUAAAUGUACUCGAUGAAUGUUCUCAAUUUUUCGAUAAUACUACUGAUGGAACGCGUUUUCUUAUAUCAGUUUACUCAUCAAUAAAGAACCAUUCGACAAUCGGGUUGAUUCUAAGAAUCAAAAACAUAAUCCAACCUCUUCAAACUCUGUGAAAAUGACAGUGACGGAUUUUUUUGGUUGUGCCUUUCUGGCGUUUGGACCACCACUCGCUAUGUUUACUUUUACUGUCUCUGCAGAGCCCAUUAGAAUCAUUAUUCUCAUAGCCAGUGCCUUUUUCUGGUUGAUAUCACUACUUUUUUCCUCUGCUCUUUGGUAUGCUGUUGUACCGCUACAAAAUCAACUUACCAUUGGGCUGGUGUUCUCUGUUUUCUUCCAGGAGGCUUUUAGGUAUCUCUUGUACUGGGUGCUGCGUAAAGCAGAGAAAGGAUUGGAAAAGGUUACAACAGCUCAUGUGGCAGACAGCAGACACAUAUUCGCUUAUGUGUGUGGUCUCGGAUUUGGUUUUAUGAGCGGUGCUUUUGCACUGGUAAAUGUACUUGCUGAUGCAGUUGGUCCAGGCACAAUGGGGCUUCGCCAGGGAACAGAAUAUUUUUUCAUCAUAUCAGCAGCAACGACACUGUGCUUCAUACUUCUCCACACAUUUUGGGGUGUGGUAUUUUUCUCAGCCCUGGAUCAUAAAAAUUGGGCCCAUCUAACAUGGGUUGUUUGUUCACAUCUGUUCGUUUCCUGUAUGACUUUGCUCAACAGAAAUGAAACGUAUACCGCAAGUCUUGUCUCCUCUUACGUAGUGCUGGUUUUAACAAUGUCACUGGCUUUUAAAGUAGCCGGUGGUAGACUUGAAAAUGUGCUAAAAUGUUUUGUAGGAAAAUGAUUUUCAAGAUGAAAAAAAAGCAGGAUAAAAAAACCAGUUAUAAUUCAUUGGAUUGUCCUUUUUUUUGAACGAUGAUGUUUCUAUUCCAAAAUAUUUUACAUUUAUCUAUUUACUCUUAAAUCCACGUUUAAAUUAUUUUCAAUAACUGACUACUGUUUAACCGCGAGAAAAAAAGAAAACACGAAAGAUGAAACGACACAUGUCCACACAUAGUAUAGAAAAUUUGUUUAUAUAACUGUGUAAAUGGAAACAAAACAUUGUAAGGUCGAACGAAAUAAUUCGAUAAAGCAAAAAUUUUGCGUCGAGCGAUCCUUGUUGCACUGCUAAAAAACCAGUAUUCUUUCAUACUUGUAUAUCUAGGUUGAAUUCGAUUCAUUUAUGAAUAUUUGCAUUACUCCAAAAUGUACUUGUUUGUUUUUUCAGCCGAUGACGUCAAGAUUGUUAUUAAAGUUAUUAAGACAUCGUUACUUUUGAUUCAUUGCUAUUUUUGUGAAACAAGCAUAAAGACUAAUACAUUUUGGAGUACUAAAAAAAAAAGAUAUUCGCCGCUUUUGUAAAUAAUUGUUUAUCCAUCAAUUAUCAAGUAAUCAAGCAAACGAUGUUUUGCUCAAAAUAACGAAAAUUGAAAGCUCUCGAAUGGAAUUCAAACGUAUCCGUCAAUUUUGGAGAAGUAGACGAACGCGACGAUGUCGUGAAAAAUUGUUAACUAGUUUUUUGUCCAACGGAAAUUGAAACGUCGCUUAGGAAAGAAUGUUUACAUUAUUUCAGUCAUUGCCAGUCAUAUAUAUAUUUCAUGAAUUUCACACACCUUUUUUCACAUAAUUUCACGAUAAUCUCCUCAAUAUUUAAACCGUACAUUUAUUACUCAUUCAUACUGUCUUUUUCAUUAUAUUGAAUAAACUCAUUUUUUACAUA